UGCCUAAAUCCGUUAUAAAGUCUCAAUUGCAUGUCAACUGUCACCUGCUCCAACCGCGCGUCUCCUUUCUCAUUCUUUCCUUCAUUUUUCAUUUUCAUUUUCAUCUACUUUUACUAUAUUAGAUCCAGAUCUGACCUUCUCUCUCAUACCAAUCCCCCUCUCUCUCUCUCUUCCUCUUCCAGUGAUAUAUCACAGUGAGAGGAUUCUACACCCAUUCACUCAGUUGAGUGUGCGGUGUGCGAAGAAAAAGGCAUGGCCAGACGAGGUGGAGGAGGAGGCUGGCACGUCAUCUUUUUUCUGCUGGUGUGCGCGGCACUUCGUGUGAGAUCAGAUGCGUCGGAUCACAAAUUCAAGGCUGGAGAUCCAGUGCCGCUUUACGCCAACAAGGUCGGACCGUUUCACAACCCUAGUGAAACAUACCGCUACUUUGAUCUCCCCUUCUGUUCUCCAGGUAAUGUGAAAGAUAAAAAGGAAGCUCUUGGUGAAGUACUAAAUGGGGAUCGUUUGGUUAGUGCUCCAUACAAGCUUGACUUUUUAGCUGAUAAAGAGUCCGAAGUCAUCUGCAAGAAGAAGCUCUCGAAGAAAGAUGCUGCUGAGUUUCGAAGUGCUGUUGCAAAGGACUACUACUUCCAAAUGUACUAUGAUGACUUGCCCAUUUGGGGUUUCCUUGGGAAGGUUGACAAGGAAGGCAAAAGUGAUCCCAGUGAAUACAAAUAUUACCUAUUUAAACAUCUUCAUUUUGAAAUAUUUUAUAACAAGGAUCGUGUGAUUGAGAUCAAUGCACGCACAGACCCUAAUGCUCUUGUUGAUCUUACUGACGACAAAGAAGUGGAUGUUGAAUUCAUGUACUCGGCCAAAUGGAAGGAAACUCAUGUACCUUUUGAGAAGAGGAUGGAGAAGUACUCUCAUUCUUCUUCACUUCCUCGCCACCUAGAGAUCCAUUGGUUUUCAAUUAUCAAUUCUUGUGUGACUGUUCUCCUUCUUACUGGAUUUCUUGCUACUAUAUUGAUGCGAGUGCUCAAAAAUGAUUUUGUCAAAUAUGCCCAUGAUGAGGAAGCAGUAGACGAUCAAGAAGAGACUGGAUGGAAAUACAUCCAUGGUGAUGUUUUCAGGUUCCCAAAAUACAAGUCUUUGUUUGCCGCUGCGCUUGGAAGUGGCACACAGCUCUUUACCUUGGCUACUUUUAUAUUCUUACUAGCUCUUGUUGGUGUAUUUUACCCCUACAACCGAGGAGCUCUUUUUACUGCACUGGUGGUCAUAUAUGCUCUUACAUCAGGCAUUGCAGGCUACACAGGUGCUUCUUUCUAUUGCCAGUUGGAGGGAACGAAUUGGGUCCGGAAUUUAUUACUAACUGGGGGUCUGUUUUGUGGGCCACUUUUUCUCACCUUUUGCUUCCUUAACACGGUGGCCAUUGCUUACCAUGCUACUGCAGCUCUUCCGUUUGGUACCAUCGUGGUGAUAUUUCUGAUAUGGGCUCUUGUGACAUCACCUUUAUUAGUUUUGGGAGGGAUUGCAGGAAAGAAUAGUAAAGCAGAGUUCCAAGCUCCUGUCCGUACAACAAAAUAUCCUAGAGAAAUUCCACCUCUGCCUUGGUAUCGUGGAACCUUGCCUCAGAUGGCUAUGGCUGGAUUUUUGCCAUUCAGUGCCAUCUAUAUUGAACUUUACUACAUAUUUGCUAGUGUCUGGGGUCACAGAAUUUACACCAUUUACAGUAUUCUGUUCAUAGUCUUUAUUAUCCUAAUCAUCGUCACUGCAUUUAUCACUGUGGCCUUGACAUAUUUCCAACUUGCCGCUGAAGAUCACGAAUGGUGGUGGAGGUCGUUCCUUUGUGGAGGUUCCACUGGCUUGUUUAUUUAUGGCUACUGCCUGUAUUACUAUUAUGCACGUUCAGAUAUGUCGGGCUUCAUGCAGACCUCUUUUUUCUUUGGGUACAUGGCUUGUGUUUGCUAUGCUUUCUUCCUGAUGCUUGGAGCUGUCGGCUUUCGUGCUGCUUUGUUCUUUGUACGCCACAUAUAUCGCUCCAUAAAGUGCGAAUGAAGAUGAGAUAUCUGUAUUCUCUUCAAGUUUGAGCCGUACGUUCCCUCUGUCAAGAAAAACUUUAUAGAUCUGUAGUCUUUAAUAUUACUAGUUUAAAGCAUUACCUGAUGAAUGUGUUUGUGUGGUCACAGAGCUGGGGAAAAUGACUGUAUCAUACGAUCUGAUGGAGUGGCAUGACAUUGAGGGUUUGGCUAUUGCAGCAGCAUUCGGGAGGAAAUUUUCCAUCAAGCGUAGAUGUGGAAGCAUUUUGCAGUGGAAGAGUAGUGUAAUGGCCAGCGCUAAUAAAUGAUAUAUAUAAUACACUAGUUAUAGGCUUUAUUUUAAUGUUGUGUAUUGUUCAUAUUUUUAGAAAAGAUUUUGGAAUUGCAAGAUGUGAAAUAGUUGAACUCCUAGCACUCAAUGUCAAAUUGCAAUUUUAUUAA